AUGGGUCGAAUGUCGGGUAUUAAAUGGGAAAAAGCUACACAAUGUCGGCCUGUUCAUAACAUCAUUUCUUCAGAUUUCCCUAAGUAUAACCCCCAACCAUGGAAGUUUAUGGAAGGUAAAUCCCGCAUAGAAUGGCUGCUUUCAUACGAGUACCAAAGAAUGUGGAUUAAAGAAAUUGAAGCUUGGAAGAAGCGAAUGUAUCCUGAAAGUACUACAGUAAAUGUAGACGUUGUGAAACGUUACGUUCUUACUUUUAAAACUAAUCACCAACCUGCAAAACCAGAAAAAAAGAAACCAUUCAAAAUUAAAAAGUUUGAAGGUAUUAAAGGUAAACUUGACUCUAAACGCCCACCAAACGACAAAGCGAUGAGAGGAAGUAUGGAUCAACAAAAUAGUAAAAAGAUAUAAGUAAACUAUAAAGAAAUUACAUUUAGUGAAUAUCUAUAAUUUUUCUUAGCAUAAAGGUUCUAAAUUGACAGCAAUAAAAACUACAAAAUAUCGAAAACUAUGUUUUAUUAGGCAGGACGAUCUAUAGGGUUUAUUGCUUUUUGUACUGCAUUUUGUAGUAGGUAUACGAAAUUAGUUAAGUUUUGCAGAUGCUGCAACCUAAAAUUCGAUACAUAUAUCCGUGCUAUGGUAGUCUACUUUUAACAAUCCGAUUACCUACUGCAAAGUCUGGUAAUGUAAGUAUAUAGAUAACAUUGUAAGUACUUUGAGGAAUUUGUAGGAAAAUGAAAAUUAACAUCCAAUAAGAGGAUUUUUUAUUUAACUUCAAUUUGUAUUAAACUACUGUGAAAGCCAUCUAUUUAGUUUAUUAUUCAUGAAUAAAUUUAAUGUAUAGUAACUUUUCCUCUGACCUGAUUCAUUGAACACACCCCAAUCUUAAUAAGCAAUAGAAUUAUUACUUAGUAAACUUUUAUAUACAGAUUUCGAGUAAAUAUUUGAAAUUGUUACAUUAAAUUAUGAACUAUUAUUCUUGUAUUUUUUUUCUUACACGUGUAUUAAUAUAACAAUUGUGAAAUACCUUUGAUUCAAUUAUAAGUGUCGCAGGAAACUAGUUACGCAGGUUACAAUAAUAAAACUAUCAAAUACAUCAGCAGUCAGUAAGUUUGGCAGGACAAUCGGUAUUAAAUAAAUCAAAAAAGAUACAUUUAGGUACAUUUUUACCUCAAAAUAUUACACUUUUUUUGGUAUUAGGUAGUUACUUUGUAAAUUUUCGGUAUUGGGUCAGUUCUUGAGUUACCUUCGGGUAAUGAGAGACAUUUCAUUAAAAAUCCCGAGGUACUCAUUUUUCUAGAUUUAUUCAUCAUUAAAUUACAUAAAACAUGUUCACAAACGUCGCCAGUGGGCUAACAAUCAAAAAAAUACUUAACCAAAUCAGUCAAUGUAAUUAGGUACUACGGUUUUGAACGCAACACCGUAUCAUGUACAGUUAUACAAGUUAUUCACACAUGUGCUCCUAUACUUUGUCAUCGUUCGUUGUUAAAAUAUAUGGCAAUUAUUUAUUAAAAUAGAGCACUUAUAACUGUUCAAAUAGAGGAAAAAUAAAACCAAAUAAUUUUGACAAAAUAUUAAUCACUCUUUGAGUAAGUUGUGUUUAUAUAUUUUAAUAUGGAAUGACGUAUUGUGUUCAGCUAGAACAUUUUUUAAAUUCUUUAAUGUACACAUACAAUUUUGUUAAUUUAUGCAUAACACUUUAGUUGAUUGUUCAAAUUAUGGAUUUAUGGAACAAAUGAAGGAAAUUAACCAAAAUGAAAGUCAAAAGUGUUCCCUGGGAAUCGGCUACCAAAAUCAAAACGUUGUCCACCACGGUUGAAGAAUGUUUGGAAUACCACGUUGGGGUCGAUAUCUGAA